AUGGCUUCUCCGGGUCUCGCCGCGUCGUCCCCAAGGCUCGUGGACCCCCAGAAGAAGGCGCACUUCAACAUUCAGCUGAGUGACAGGAUCACGAAGCCAAAGAACUCCGCUGGGGAGUACUCAAGCGUCAAGUUCAACCGCAAACCUCCACAGACAGCGUCGUCCCGGACCUCCACCAUCAGCCAGUCAGCCGGCACCCAAUACUCCCUCACGCUGUCCGACAAAGACAAGGACACGAACGACACAAACGACUAUGUAUUCAGGGGUCAAAAGACGCAGCCAAAGAAGUCCUACGUCCUUAUCUUCGACCCAGCGAAGCAAACCGCGACCCUCGAACCUCUCUCCGCAACCUACACGUUCAACCUGAAAUCAACGCCAACCGAACCCUCCUCCUCCAAACUCGCCCAAAGAUACCCACAGAUACAACCUCCUAAGAAUAAUGACUCCCGAGACGACGACCUCUUCGACGAUGGCAAAAGCGUAGGCGCCUCCGACUCGGAACCCGACGCCCAAAACCCCUACGACUGGCGGCACUUCCUCUCCCGCGACUCGGGCGCCUCAUCCCCAGACAUCCACAGCUCCCUAAACACGCUACGCUCCGACUUCAGCCGCGGAACCCCUCUCAUCGCAGCCCACAAACCUCCACCCUCAUCCUCUCUAUCCAAAGCGCCCCCAAAACCCCGUACCUCCACAACCUCCCAACCCCUCCCAACCCGCAAACCCCCAGCCAGCACAACCAAGAAACACCCCCCCAACCCCACCGUCCGCCUCGACCGCCGCGCCUCGACCCGCCCCACCGACCCCCAGCCUCAGAAAUCCACCUCCGCCUCCAAACCCAAGAAACCCGUCCCCAAGUCCGCCGAAAUCGUCCACUCCUCCGACGACUCCUCGUCCGACCACGAGCACAACACCGCCCUCACAGUCGAAGACCCCGCCACCUCCCACCCCCCGCGCGCCCUCGCCUCCCUCGGGCUCGGCCAAUCCCUCGGCCUAGGCGGCGCCGGCGCCCGCGGCUUCCUCAAGUCCCCCUCCAACGGCCCCAUCAGCCUACACAGCGCCGCGAACAGCGCGAGCGGCAGCCCGGAGGAGUCGCCGUUCCGGCAUAAGGCUAGACGUCAGAAUAACGAUGACGACGACGAUGUGAUUGACUUCGGGGACACGGGGGGCGGGGGCCACAGCUCCGACGAGGAGGACGACGGGUAUGUCGAGGAUGACGAGGAGGGGUCCGGGCUGGAUCUGGUGGAUGCGGAUGCGGAUGCGGAUGUGGAGGAGAUGGAACUGGGGCCGCCGGUGCGGGAGCCGCUGAAGGCGGCGGGGAGGCGGAUGAGUGUGAGUGGGCUGGUGCAGGAAGAGGAGGAGGCGGAGGAGGAUGAUUGGGGCAAUGAUCUUGAGGCGGAGAUGAUGCAGGGGUUAUUGAGUCAAGAUGAUGAAGGGAGGCCGCCGCCGCCGCUUGCGAAGGGGUUGGGGGUUAGUAUGGGUGGGGAUAGCGAGAGCGAGAGUGAAGAGGAGUAG